ACGGAAAAGGUCACGAAGAAGAAGCAGAAACUGUUUCCUCUUCCGGGUCGUGGAUUAGAAACGUUGUGUGAACGGUGCGACCAAACAGAAAGUUUGCAAGAAAACCUCGCAGUUUGAGUGUUUUAAAUAUCAUAAACUCCGUAAUUCCUGUUUAACUUUCAUAGCGUAAGCUGUCUGACAAAGGAAUAAGGCGGUAUCGAAAGGACUGUAGGAUGUCUCUUCCUAAACGGGAGGUGGAGGAGUUGAGGCCAUGGGUGGAGCGCACUGUGAAGAAGGUGCUGGGUUUCUCAGAGCCCACGGUGGUGACUGCGGCUUUGCACUGUGUUGGAAAGGGACUGGACAAAAGAAAGACCAUAGAUCAGCUGCGUCCCUUCCUUGAUGACUCUGCUGGAGGUUUUGUGGAGCGUCUUUUUGAAGCUUUGGAGGAAAGCCGCAGUGCACGAGGCAAUAAAGGAGCAGGAGAAAAGAACCGCAAGAGAGAUCUUAAGGAUGUAUUUGGUGAUGAGGCUGAAACUGGUGCACUGCGAGAAACUCCAGAGUCAGAAGAUGGGAUAGCUGUGAAGCGUAAACGGGUCCCUCGCUUCGAGGAGGUAGAGGAGCCUGAGGUCAUACCUGGACCUCCUUCUGAGAGCCCUGGCAUGCUCACCAAAAUGCAGAUAAAACAGAUGAUGGAGGCAGCCACAAAACAGAUAGAAGAGAGGAAGAAACAACUGAGCUUUGCCUCUUCAGUCCCUGCUUCACCACGGUUGCCUCUUCACACACCACAGUCACAAAUGGAAACCCCUGCAGUCUCACGGCUUCUUGGCGCUUCUGCUGCUGCAGCUGUAGGUGGUGCGUCAUCUAUCGCCCCCUCCCAGGCUGCCAGCUUUAUGAAUGAUGCUAUCGAGAAGGCCCGCAAGGCUGCCGAGCUUCAGGCCCGCAUCCAGUCCCAGUUAGCUAUGAAACCUGGUAUCCUUGGAGCCUUGGGGAACACCGGGCCUCACAACCUAGUAGCACUAGCUAAUCUACAUGCAAUGGGAAUUGCCCCACCGAAAGUAGAAGCCAAAGAGGUGAACAAGCCAACACCUCUUAUUCUGGAUGACAAGGGAAGAACUGUAGAUGCCAGUGGCAAAGAGGUCGAACUCACACACCGCAUGCCCACAUUGAAAGCAAACAUUCAUGCGGUUAAAAGGGAGCAGUUCCGUCAGCAGCUGAAGGAGAAGCCUGGGGAGGAAUUGGAGUCCACAUCCUACUUCGACCAACGUGUGUUUAUUACACCAGCUCAGCGGCCUCGUAGGACCUUCAAAUUCCACGACCAGGGGCGCUUUGAGAAGAUUGCUCAACGAAUUAGAACUAAGGCCCAGUUGGAAAGGUUGCAGAAUGAGAUUGCCCAGGCUGCAAAGAAGACGGGAAUCCAGGCAUCCACAAAGCUGGCACUGAUUGCGCCUAAAAAAGAGAUUGGAGAAGGGGAAGUGCCCAACAUUGAGUGGUGGGACUCCUUCAUCCUGCCCUCUUACAUAGACAUAACCCCUGACACAAAAUUUGACGAUCUCGAGUUGUUUGGCGUGACCAGCCUAGUAGAACAUCCUGCACAAAUGAGCCCUCCUGUUGACACAGAUAAGCCGGUAACACUGGGUGUUUACCUGACAAAGAGAGAACAGAAAAAACUGAGAAGACAGACACGAAGGGAAGCACAGAAAGAAGUUCAAGAGAAAGUUCGUCUUGGUCUGAUGCCUCCACCAGAACCCAAAGUACGAAUCUCCAACCUGAUGAGAGUGCUGGGCACGGAGGCGGUUCAAGACCCCACAAAGGUGGAGGCCCAUGUCAGAGCACAGAUGGCCAAGCGUCAGAAGGCCCACGAGGAGGCCAAUGCAGCCCGUAAGCUCACAGCAGAGCAGAGGAAAGAGAAGAAGGUCAAGAAGUUAAAAGAAGACCUCACUGAUGGUGUUCACAUUUCUGUGUACAGGAUCCGUAACCUGCAAAAUCCUGCUAAGAAGUUUAAAGUGGAGGCCAAUGCCAACCAGCUGUACCUGACCGGCACAGUAGUUCUGCACAGAGAUGUCAACCUUGUUGUGGUGGAGGGAGGCCCUAAAUCCCAGAAAAAGUUCAAGAGACUGAUGUUGCACAGAAUCAAAUGGGAGGAACACAACAGUAAAAGAGAUGACCCAGAUGGUGAUGAUGAUACAAAGAGGAACAACAAGUGCUGGUUGAUUUGGGAGGGCACAGCCAAAGAGCGUAGUUUUGGGGAGAUGAAGUUCAAGCAGUGCCCCACAGAGAGCAUGGCCCGAGAACACUUCAAGAAACACGGCACAGAACACUACUGGGAUCUUGCGCUCAGCAUGAGUGUGUUGGAUGGCACAGAGGACUGAAACUUGCCUGGAGAACAUGUGGUUUGAGUCAGUGUCCCAUCCUGCAAGCUCAGAGCCAGUUGGUCCUGACUGCUGACUGGCUGCCUUCAACUGGGGUGGUGCAGCCAGACUUGAUCAAGAGACUUGAACAUAGAAAUUGAGGAACAAUAAACCUGUGUGGAUGUUUAUUGUGAGAAUGUGUGACAGAUGGGUGUGUGUGUGUGUGUGUGUGUAAGACAAAUGUGUAUGCCUGCAAUCAAUACUCAUCUCUUUGGUGGUAGCCCAUUGUGUUAUCUGUUAUUCAAUACAAUGUGACAGAUUGCACUAUGAGAUAUAAAUCACUCACCCAAGGCUUUAUGUAACGAUGGAAAUGGAGAUUAUGUUCUGAGUUAACUUUUUUUUGUGAAAUCCCCAUGUACGCUGAUAAUAAAAAUCUCUGUUUGAGUGAACAGUUAAUAAAAAAAACACCCCAUCAGUGAA